AUGAGUACCGAAACUAAAAUGGGUGACGAGAAUAACAAUAAACAUUUUGAAUAUCCCGAAAAUCCUGAAGACUUUGAUUUUAGUUCACUUACACUGGAGAGGGGCGACACUCCUCAAGAUAUUAAAGAAAGGUGUUUUGACUUGUGUCACGACUAUUUGGGAGGCGUAUGGCGUCGGGUGAACAUCGAUGACAUCGAAGUCAAGCGACUGAGCGGUGGUCUCACCAAUCAGUUAUACUAUUGUGCUCUCAAUGAAGACCAUAGAAAACUGGUGACAACUGAACCAAAAGAGGUGGCCAUAAGAUUGUAUUUGGAAAAGCAUUUCAAUAAUACUGAUCACGAGGGCAAUGAGAGACUUACAGAUAAUUUGGGACCAAAAAUAUACGGACUCUUUGAAAGCGGACAAAUCCAGAAAUAUUAUCAACACAAAUGCUUUCGUACGGAACAACACAAUGACUUAAAACUUGUACAAGAAUUGGCUCAAAAGUUGGCGAGAAUUCACUCGACAGUGGUUCCCAUAAAGAAGAACUCGAAUUGGAUUUUCGACUUUUUCGACAACUCAUACGACGACGCCUACAAACUGUUUGAUUUAAAGGCAUUGUAUAGAGAGACCAAUUGUGAGACAUUGCUUAGACAUGAUUUGAAAGAAGAGUUGCAAUGGCUUAAGAAAGUGAUCACUAAAAUCGAUUCCCCCAUAACUUUCACUCACAUAGACUUCAGGGGCUCUAAUAUAAUGAUCACAGAAAAUGAUGGAAUAGUUGUCUGUGACUUCGAGUACUCAUGCAAUGGGAACCGUGGCUACGAUUUUGGCACUAAAUUUGCUGAAUGGGGCCGAGAAUUGGCUGAUGUUAUGAAGCAAUUUGAAUUUCCCGAAGACUCGGCAUUUAAGCCAUUCAUUGAUGAAUACAUCAAAGAGUCCACAAAAUUAUUGGGAAAGGCAUUCAGCUCAGACAAGAGAAACACAUUCUCGCACAUCUUAAAAGAGGGCAAAAUAUUUACAUUGGUUUCCAAUAUGUUCAUGGUCCUAUUAUCACUUAAGAACAACGAUUCAUUUGUCAAAGACGUCCCGUUUGAUAAAAAGGAGGCAAUGCCCUAUAGUGACCUCAUGUAUAGGAACUACUAUUAUCUCAAAGAUAGUUCACUAACACUGGAGAGGGGCGACACUCCUCAUGAUAUCAAGAAAAGGUGUUAUAACUUGUGUCAGGACUAUUUGGGUGGCGUUUGGCUCCAGGUUAACAUCGAUGACAUUGAAGUGAAACGACUGAGCGGUGGUCUCACGAAUCAGUUAUACUAUUGUGCUCUCAAUGAAGACCAUAGAAAACUGGUAACAACUGAACCAAAAGAGGUGGCCAUCAGAUUAAAACUGGUGACAACUGAACCAAAAGAGGUGGCCAUCAGAUUGUAUUUGGAAAAGCAUUUCAAUAAUACUGAUCACGAGGGCAAUGAGAGACUUACAGAUGUUAUUAUAGCUCUCAUUAUGUCUGAGAAGAAUUUGGGACCAAAAAUAUACGGUCUCUUCGAAAGCGGACAAAUCCAGAAAUAUUAUCAACACCAAUGCUUUCGUACGGCUGAAACUAAUGAUCCAAAAUUAGUGCAAGAAUUGGCUCAAAAGUUGGCGAGAAUUCACUCGACAGUGGUUCCCAUAAAGAAGAACUCGAAUUGGAUUUUCGACUUUUUCGACAACUCAUACGACGACGCCUACAAACUGUUUGACUUAAAGGCAUUGUAUAGAGAGACAAAUUGUGAGACAUUGCUUAGACAUGACUUGAAAGACGAGUUGGAAUGGCUUAAGAAAGUGAUCACUGAAAUCGAUUCCCCCAUAACUUUCACUCACAUAGACUUCAGGGGCUCUAAUAUAAUGGUCACAGAAAAUGAUGGGAUAGUUGUCUGUGAUUUCGAGUACUCAUGCAAUGGGAACCGUGGCUACGAUUUCGGCACUAAAUUUGCUGAAUGGGGCCGAGAAUUGGCUGAUAUUAUGAAGCAAUUUGAAUUUCCCGAAGACUCAGCAUUUAAGCCAUUCAUUGAUGAAUACAUGAAAGAGUCCACAAAAUUAUUGGGAAAGGCAUUCAGCUCAGACAAGAGAAACACAUUCUCGCACAUCUUAAAAGAGGGCAAAAUAUUUACGUUGGUUUCCAAUAUGUUUAUGAUCUUAAUGUCAAUUAAGGCUAAGGAAUCAGUUAUCAAAGAAAUCCCUUUUGAUAAGAAAGCAACCAUGCCCUAUGUUGAGAUGUUCUACAAGAACUAUUAUCACCUCAAACACAGGUUCAUUGCAGACAAAAAGCAAAUCAUGGAAACAAAAACCGAACAAAUGUCUAACGAAACUGAAAAUAAUUCUAAACCUAAGAAAACUUUUAAAGACUUGACAACUCUGGAAGGACUUAAUUUGGAUGAUAUAGAUCUGAUCAAAGGUGAGACACCACCGGAUAUCAAAGAGAGAUGUCUUGAACUAUGCAAACAAUACUUAUCCGGCAAUUGGACGCAACAAACACUGGAUACCAUUCAAGUGACGCGAGUGUCGGGAGGUAUGACUAAUCAGUUGUAUUACUGCGGGAUAACCAGUCCAUCAAUGGAGUCGGCAGAUGUACCACAAGAAGUGGCUGUAAGACUGUAUGGACCGAAAUAUUUUAAUAAUCAAGAUUGUGGUGGGAAUGAGAGACUGACUGAUGUUGUGAUCGCUCUAAUGGUGUCCGACAGCAAAUUGGGACCAAAAGUGUACGGA